UAAACGUGAAACAAACAUGAGAUCACAGCCUCCUACUUGCACAACGAACAGUAAACAACUGAAUACAAUACGGAAUCACCGACACCGUUCUCGUAGUAGGCCGUGCGGUCAUAAAACUUUUACCUUUGCGUACCUGCCGUUUCUUGACUCACCAUUGUUGUUUAUAUGUUACCAUAGCAACCGUAUGUGGUGUGGAAGUGUAUCACUCUCCCGGCGCGCAUACGAAAUUUUUAUUUCCGGAAAAGUGAAGCAGGUGGUGGUUAAUUAUAACGGAAACGUCGAAUUAUCUUUAUUCAUUUCAGCCAAUAAUGCAGUAUGUGGUCGGUCGGUAGCGACGGGAGAACCCUGUUCCUCCUCUUAAUCCCCUUUUUCCUCCUCCCACUGGAAGUUUCAGCCGGUCUGGCUUGCCUCAGCAACCCUUGCGUGCAUGGCGUCUGCUUAGACGACUUGAAUUCGACAUACUUUUGCUAUUGCAUCGAUGGCUACACAGGAAUACAAUGCCAGAAAAACUGGAAUGAAUGUUGGUCAUCUCCUUGCAAAAAUGGAGGUAUUUGCAUUGACGGAGUUGCCUCAUUUAAUUGUAGCUGUCCCCCGGGAUUUGUUGGUACAAAAACACUCACAACUUUGAUUCUUCGUUACUAUAAACAUUUCCAAUUAGGAGAAUUGUGCGAAGAAGAUUUCAACGAGUGCGAAAGCAACCCUUGUCUGAAUAAUGGCACAUGUCUUGAUGCAGCCAACGGGUAUUUUUGCAGUUGCUUGCCUGGGUAUUCAGGGGUGCAUUGCGAAGUUGACGUGGCGGUUUGCAACGCGACGAAUGAGACUAGAUGUGCAAAUGGAGGGAUUUGUGUCGAGGGACCUGGAGAUUCUUUCUCUUGUAAAUGUCAACCAGGAUGGGAAGGACUUUUAUGUGAAAAUGAAGUCGACGAGUGCAUGUCUGCACCAUGUCAAAAUGGGGCUGUUUGCGUCGACCUAAUGGCAGAUUACUCCUGUGCCUGCCUCUUUGGAUUUUCUGGACGGAACUGUGAAGAAACCGUGAAAAUGUGCGACGUCAACCCUUGCGCAAAUGGUGCUCUUUGUCUCAAAGAAGAUCAUCAACCAGUUUGUUACUGUGUUCCCGACUUUCACGGCGAUUUGUGUCAGUUUCAGUAUGACGAAUGCCAACUAGGGCCUAAAUGCAUGAAUGGUGGUACUUGUGUGGAUGGUAUUGACAAUUCCACUUGUUCAUGUCCGCCAAAUCUCACAGGUGUUCAGUGUGAGUGCCUUAUCUUAGACAAUGGUGACUUGGAUUGUACUUAUACAAGUCCACAACCCAUUUCACCCAUUGGGACUUCACCCAUUUUUCACCCAACAACAACCACUCAUCUAAUCACAGAAACAGAAGUGCCAAAUACCACUAUAACCGUAGAACCAUAUUCUACGAGUGUCACUUGGACAACAACUGAAUUUGUACCAUCGACAACUUACAGCCAAACAAAGAUCACCACUGAGUUAACUGAGACAAUCUUUGUCUAUUCAACAACACCAAAAAUAACAGAAAUUAGUGUGAUUACAACAGAAACUGAAACACCGACAACUGAAACAACUUUUAGUACAAUAACAACAACCGAAACUUAUACAGAACCUGUAUAUAACGCUACUGGAAAAACUAUUACAGUACUGUCAACUGAAACUUCCACUUUUUCUCCCGUUACUACUCUAAUCCCUAUAUCUUCCUCCCUCAAAGAAGAAUCAAACAUUUCUCUUCCCGACGAAACAACAACCUCCUUUCUUACAAAAGAACCAGAAACAACAACUGGACUCACAGACUUUUUAACUGAAACAACAACAAAACAAAUGACUGAAACCACCGUCAUUCCUUUCGACUGUACAAAAACUCACUGCCAAAAUGGAGGAACUUGUGUUUACAAAUCGGAAUUAGGAUAUCAAUGUUUAUGUCCUUUUGAUACCGAAGGCGACUUCUGUGAGCUGAAAAUGGGUGUUCAAAAAGCCGCUUUCACUGGCCAGUCUUACCUGAAACACCGUUUACCCGACAGUACAAACAUUUCAAUAGAAUUAGAUGCAAAAACCCUGUCUUCGAAAGGAUUGCUAUUCUAUUCCAACACAGAUUCGACUUAUAUGGUGCUAUACAUUGAAAAUGGACAUUUAAAAUUUAAAUUUUCGUGUGGGUACCAAACUAUGUUACUCAGUGAACUGAAAAUACCUGUAAAUAAUGGUGACCUCAUGAAAAUCAAAGCAAAAUUGGAGUUUAGUAGAGAUUUGAAACGAUGUGAUGCUUCAAUCAAAGUUAAUGAUUCUCUUUCCAUGACUGGUGACCAAUUAGCACUCAAAAGACGGUUUUCGAAACCUUCUGGAUGGUUGUAUUUGGGUGGGGUUCCCGAAGAACUCGCAAAUAUUAACUUACCAGAUACUGGUUUCAUCGGGUGUAUGCUCAGGCUUAAGGUUUCCGACAAGAAUUUAGAUAUUUUCAAUGACGCUGAAGACGGCUACGGUGUCACGGAAUGCUCCUCUUUGGCUUGUUUAUCAAACCCUUGUAGUAAUGGCGCUACUUGCUACUCACAGGGUGAAAAAUGGACUUGUCAUUGCAAAAAUGGAUUUUUGGGGAAAAUGUGCGAAAAAUCAGUUUGUGACACCAACCCUUGCCUUUUCGGCGGCACUUGUAUCCAAUUUUCCGGCAGCGGCUACAUUUGUUUAUGUCCAUUUGGCAAACACGGCCACUUCUGCGAAAACGACUUGAAGAUAACUGAGCCAAACUUUUCGUCAACAAUUCGCGGCUUGUCCUCAUUUGUCGCUUACCCAAUCCCUGGCGGCAUUUCCGAAAACAUGGAAAUCAGAUUCAGAUUUCUCCCAUCGGUGAUGGACCAAAUAUCACUUUUGAUGUUCAUGGGUCAGAAAGGUCACCAUGACUAUUAUUCCGAUCACAUGGCGGUGAGUUUCGUCAAGGGGUACAUCAUGCUGACGUGGAAUCUGGGAUCAGGACCGAGGAGGAUUUUCACACCGCAGCCCAUCGACGAAGGGCCCAAAAAUUACCUAGUCCGGGUGGGCCGCUCCGGACGGAGGGCAUGGCUUGAUGUGGAGAAUUUGGGGAAUGUGACUGGGAGAUCCCCCGGGAAUCUGAUCCAAUUGGAUGUGUCCCCGAUUUUAUACCUUGGUGGACACGACUCCCUGAAUUUCUCCACGCUCCCCCAUGAUUUGCCCUUGCAUACAGGUUUCGCCGGGUGUAUUUUCGACGUUGAGUUGAUAACCGGGAAUCUGGUGAUUCCCCUGCAAGGAUCAAGACAGACAAUAGGGAGAGGUGUGGGACAGUGUGGCACGACGGAAUGUUACGAACAAAGUUGUCAAAACGGUGGAAUUUGUCUCCACCAUGCGAGUACUUUCAUGUGUUUAUGUCAAGAUGGCUGGUUUGGGCCCUUGUGCACGUUUAGGAGAAAUCCAUGCGAUUCGGAUUAUCACAAAUGUGAGGCUGGGGCGACCUGUGUGCCUGUGAUGUCAGACUAUGAGUGUGAUUGUCCCAUUGGAAAAUCAGGGAAAUUUUGCGACAAAGAUGAGGACAUCACUGAUGUCAAUUUCACCGGUUUGAGAUCAUUUCUUUCGCUUCCAUCGACGGAAUUCAGCGAAAAUCACUUUAAUGUUGAGAUGGAAGUUCGUCCAUUGGACGACAAUGGUUUGUUGUUUUUCAUUGAGAGACCUGGGGCAAGUUUCAUUUCAUUAACUUUGUCUAGUGGAAGUUUAGAAUUGAGAAUACUCUCAUAUAAAAAUAAAGCUGCCCCAAAUGAACCUACGACAAUCAGAAGUACCAAAAUACUAAUCAAAGGAAUUUGGUAUAAAAUGCAGUUGGGAAUAUUUGGGAAAAAGGCGUAUUUGUCUGUUGAUAAUAUAAUCAAUUCUGGUAUUUUGGAUACCGAAACUGGAAUAAAUAUGUCAAAAGAGAACAUAUUUAUAGGAGGCCACCCCGACAUUUCCACCCUCCCCUUGCACGCAAUAUCAAAACUCCCUGUCCCCUACAAAGGCUGCAUUCGCGGCUUUUCCGUGAAUGGAGUCCACAUUCCGCUCAAUAAAAUGAGCAUUUUGAACGGCCGAAAUAUCAACGAUUGCGACGGCACUCCCUGUGGCAAAGACGCCUGUUUAAAUGGGGGCACUUGUUGGCUUGACUCAUUCAUGAAACCGCACUGUUCUUGUCCUCAAACUUUCUAUGGAAAUAAAUGUGAAUCUAUUUCGGAAUGUGAUAACACGAAAUGCAAAAACACCGGCCUGUGUGUGGGCCCUAAAUGUUCGUGCCAUCUAGGAUGGGAAGGAGUUUACUGUGAAAAACAAAUUAAAGUCACUACACCGGAAUUCACAGGCCGCAGUUAUCUCAUAGUCAAGAAAAAUAAUGAAAAGAAGAGGAAUAUUCCGGGAGUUGAAGUGAAGAAUUUGUAUUUGAAUUUUACGACGAUUAAGAGGGAUGGGCUUGUUUUGUGGAGCAGAAAAGAAAAUUCGUUCAUUGGUGUGGGUCUUGAAAACGGAUUUCUAAAAAUCGCAUAUUCCGUUGAUAAGAGAACUGGGACAAAAUUAGUUAGUUUGCCCUUUUAUUAUAAAAUAUCAGACGGUUUGUGGCAUAACAUCGAGCUCAGUUUUGCUCCAUUUCUAAUCAAAUUAGACCAAAAUAAAAUUGUUUAUAAAGGCAAACAUAAAAAAAUGUUGGAGAAUACAACAAUGUCCACCGAUGGUCUCUUCUACAUUGGAGGCAUUCCCACAAAAACGUCCAUCAAGAAAGAAACAAAUGGUACAUUUAUUGACACUUUUGAGGGUUGCAUUGAAGGUUUUGCCACCAAUGGCGAAAAAGUUAUUCGUGAUUUUACAUCUUUUGAAGGGAGAGAUAUUAAUGUAUGCAGAAUGAUUUAAAUAUUACCAGCAGAAAGUGGAAAAAAUCUCAUUUCGGAGAGUAGAGAAUGAUUUGUAGAUAUUCUAGAUGUCUUCGUGUUUUUGUUAGUAGAAGAACGAGAAAGAAGGAAAAGGCAAGAUUGCAAUUUUGAAGUGUUUAUCUUUCAUCAGUUCAUCACGUAAUCACUGCCAAAAACAAAUGCUAUAGAUAAACACUGUUUAUUUACAUAUAGGAUGCACAUGCCAUUGAAAACAUUUUAUAAGAAAGUAAUAGAAGUGUGCAGAGCAAAAAUAAAUGAGUUGUUAAUAAUUUGUCGUGUUUUUGAAUAAAAAAACUAAAAAUUUCUUAUUAAUUUAACUAGUUAAGGAAGUAAUAAAACCAAAUAUCUGUAAAAAAUUAUAUUAAAUAUAUUGAACAGCUGAUUUUAUAAAACAAUACUUUCCAUUUCAGACAUGGAGGAAAUUGCAAAGUGUAAGCGUUUAUAGCAAACUUAAAUACAGAAAAAGUCAAAUCCGACAUCUUUUUUAGCCAAUUUUAAUCUGGUUUCACCCAUUUUAUUGUAAAUUUUUUUAUUAAAAUAAAUAGAAAUAUAAUUAUUUAUCUUCAUAAAAAUUAAAUCUUAUAAAACAGUU